AUGAUAACGAGAAGAAAUGAUGAUGGUGAUGGUGAUGACGAUGAUGAUGAUGAUGGUGAUGACGAUGGUGAUGACGAUGAUGAUGAUGAUGAUGAUGAUGAUGAUGAUGAUGAUGAUGUAAAUCCGCUCUUUUUACCCCAUCCCUUCAAACACUCCUCUAAACCACCUCCCCACUCGCUGCAACAUUCUUCUUUCUUUCUUUCCCUUUUACUUCCCGCCAUUAUCUUCCGCCAUUUUGGACAAACUGACGAAGAUGACAUGAGUUGCUCGCCCGGAUCUUCUUCCAUUCGCUUUGUUUUGUUCUAUUUUCGUUUCAUUGCGUGCUUAAUUUUUACUUUUAAAAUUUUCUUUCUUUCUACAUUUUUCCUCUUUUUCUUUUUGCCAAUUUCUUUCUUUUUGCGUACAUUCUUUCUUUGUGUUUUAAUUUAUCUCUUUUUUCUUUCUUUUGGGUGUUUUUCUUUUUAUUCAUUUAUUAAUAUAUUAUCCUUUUCUAGCUUUCUUUCUUUCUUUUUUUCUUUCUUUCUUUCUUUCAUAGAUGAUGAUCAACAUUAUUUCAUUAUCGUUUUAUCAGAUUACACCAAUGAAUUUAGAUAUUAG